CAGCUCACAGUGGUGUUUAGCCCAUUCUGUGCAUCUGGCAGCUUGCAGUACAAGAUUACCACUGAUGGCGUACAUCAUGCGUAGGAUACAGAGACCGCGGCCGCCUUCCUUGGCAGUGGCAGGGUGCGUGCCAUCUCGUUGCCGCCUCACCCACUGCGCCUCAACUUUCGUCACCUCCAAGAAGCAUCCACACGGACAAGCACAUCCUCGAGUGCCCGCAUCAGUAAGACUUGAGCGCAAACUACCAAAAGACAUGUCGCAGUAUCAGCAGUAUCCCCAGCAGCCUCAGCAGGCAUACCAGCAAGGCUAUCCUGCGCAAGGCAACUACAACCAGCAACAGGGCUAUCCUCCUCAGGCUGGCUAUCAGCCCAACUAUCCGCCACAGCAAGGCUACGCAGCACAGCAACCGAUGUAUGUGCAGCAGCAACCGGCAAGGCAGAGUAACUCGGGUCAGAACUGUUGUCUAGCGUGCUGCAGUGCUCUUCUCUGCUGUUGCGCCUUGGACGCCAUCUUUUAGAGCCCUUCGCAAAUGGAUCUUCAUUACCUAGUAUUCCAGGUACAAACUUAUCGUUCUGAGCUCUGAUGCGCCUUGCAUGUGCUUUCUUGAC